AUGCUUUCACACCAUAGAGAUCUCCUACGAAACAAAAGUCAUGCAUUUACCUCAAUAUUUGCAAGACGCCAUGUUUUCAUCAUGAGUCAUCAGAAGAAACGUGAGGCAGUCGCCAAAAGCCAGCCGUCUGAGGAUGACAAGAAAUCCAAGCUACAAAACUGGGCUGAAAACGAUGAUAAGAGACGGAUCCAGGAACAGCUACUAGAACAUAACAAAAGACUCUCUAAUUUAAAACUUUUCACAUCUGGGCUAGCGAGCUACGUCAAGCAUAAAACGGAUGGUUCUCUACCUCCAAAUACAACUUUCAAGAGUUCAGUUACAGAAACCAAAAAUCGUUCGCAGGUAAAAGAAUCUAAAUCUAAAGCGCAGGACGAAGGGAAAGAAAAGGAACCUGCUAAAGACUUCAAAGCAGAGAAUGCCAAUAUCUCUACUCCAUUCGGAGAUAUUCCAGAAAGAAUCCAGGAGAGAUUGGGCCCAGCAACAAAAUAUCUUGUACAUAAAGACCAUCAAUAUUGGGAGCUUGUGUUGAUUCAUUUGCAAAAUAAUGGCGGCUUUAACGGCCUCAAAACAAAGGAGGUGGCAAAACUCAUUCGUUCGAUACCUAGUAAUCAAAUUCUUCUGGUGUUUCCCAUUGUUGAAACACUCAUUGAGGACGCAAGCAUGCUGAAAACAAAGGGAAUAAUGACCGCCUAUCUUCAGAAAUUGGUCUCGGUCCCUGUUAUUGAUAGUGAGCGAUUGCAAAUCAUCGAGUCAGUUGCAGACGGCUUGAGAACAACUUCUGAGGGAGGGAAACUAAACACAGACACGUUUGAGAUGCUCAUAGAAGCCUACGGAAAGACAAACAACAUUGAAAAACUAGAGGGAAUGAUGGUGGAAAUGAAAAAGCUUGGCCUCAAUCCUUCUUCGCGGGUCUACACAUGCGUUCUUUCCACAAGCGUUUAUAAAACAAAGGAUCACACCCAAGCUGUACAAAUAUUUGAUCUGAUGAAGUUUCUUGCGGGCUCAAUGGCUCCAAAAAGUCGAGAGUAUCGAGACAUAAUUGUCUCUUACAUCAACAAUGAUGACAUCGAGAAAUCACUCGACUUAUACCAGGAGAUGCGUGACAACAACAUCAAGGUUGACCAGCCAACUCUUGUGGCCCUCGCUAGAGGCUGCGCUACGAGAUCACAGCUCAAGCUCAAAGCGUGGGACUUCAUCUUCGAGAUUUAUGAGCUUGGAAUGAAGCCUACGAUUGGAACCUUAGAGUAUAUGCUUUAUUUGGCUGCUAAAGAUGCUGAUUUGAGCUUGGCAAGAGCUCUUUAUCAACAAGUCAUUAAGGUCAGUGUAUUCAAUCCAAGAGCAUUGGGAUUCCUUAUGUUGGCAUAUGCCUCUUCUAACAUCAACGAAAGCAACCUGACCGUACCGGCCAUUUCAAAUCACGAAACUGGGCGGAGGUUCAGAUUUAACAUAUUAGAGAAAGUGAACUACGUUACAGACUUGAGUGAUCCUAUGAAGGCUGUCCCAUUUCUUCCCAAGGUCGUAUUGACAACGCCUGAGGAGGUCUUAUCGGAGUCAAGUGCUAUUUUGGCACACGCUCUUCUAGUUAACAGAAAUGCUGUGACAUCUCAAAAUGUGAACUCAUUUUUGAAUAUUGCAGCAAAGUACGGCUCGCUUGACGAGUUUCAAGACAGAUUUGAGCAGUUUUCGUAUCUAGACAUGACUGGAGCUCCACAAACAAGACUCCAAGAAGAUUCUACUGUAGAAUUGAUCGAAGAUGUCGAGGAUACGGAAGACUCCGUCAAAGAGCCAGUGCAAACAAAGGCACCUGUUUUGAAUACUACGGAUCAACUACUUGCCGGUGUACGGACAGGAAGAUGUACAUACACAUACACAAUUGCUCUCAAGGCUGCAGCUCGGCACAAGAAUUUCGACUUUGCUGAGAAAAUCUGGAAGGAACGUGGAAUUUUCAGGAAAACGACGGCAUUCACUAGCAUGUCUAGACGGGAGAAGGAUAAACUGGAUUUUAUUUUUGCGACAUCUAUGGUGCACGCGCUAACGGAAAUGAAUCUACUCGAUGAUGCUUUGGCUAUUGUUGUGAGUACAGAGUACCAGUUCAAGUGGACGUGGAAAGAAUUGAUGCCACUACACAAGGCCGCUGUGACCACUGGAUACGACAAAGUAACCCAAACAAUACGUGGUAUCACAAACAGGGCGCAAAUAAAAUUUGAGGGUAAAAUUAGACGGAAGGAUUAUAAGGUUUACGUCAUGCAAAACAAGCGCUAA